AUGAUUUAUUCCACUGGCGAGAUAAAACACACAGAUAUCAAAUUCUUCCGAAAAAUUGUGAACCACGAAAUCAUCACAACCUUUUUUCAGUCUUCUUCCAUCACACGUGCGACAGUAUUUGGCUUUCAAAGUAUCUUGUAUGGUGCGGAGAACAAAAUCUGGACUUUUUGGAUGGACAUUGACCCUUGCCCAUUUAGAAGGGAUAGUCAGGAAGAAUCAUCUGUAGACAUGUGCCAGAUGCAUAACUACAGUAAAACAGUUUCUGACGAUGCUGCAUUUGCCUUUGUUUUUUCCAGUGCUUCUCCUAUUUCCUCAUCAGUAAUAGCCCUUCGACAAAGAUUCAUCCGAAGUUCAUCGCUACCUUCACUAUCGGUUCUUGCUGGUACAUUAUUGUUUAUCAAUGAUGCUGCAUUUGCCUUAGCUUCUGGUACUGCCUUCCCUUUUACCUAUCGAGUUACAGCCCUUCUACGGAAUGAGAACUGCAACGAAUUUCUCCCAAUCCUAUUGCUAGAACGCCAUCUGCCCUUAACUGAUCCCCACACUAGCAUUUGCAUUAGCUCUGAUGUGGUUGGUCCUGAAAACAGUUUUUGUGCUCGCUUUUACAUGGAGCAGGAGACAGCUUAUGGCGGGUCAAUGGAAAGCGGUGUUCAUACAGGUGGUGGUGGAAGGAAUACUCGGGGUCCCACAGCCAAUGUUGCCGUAAUUCUUUCUACAUUUGUUCCAAGAGAGUUUGUGGUUGGUCGUGAAAACAGUUUUUGUGCUCGCUUUUACAUGGAGCAGGAGACCGCUUAUGGCGGGUCAAUGGAAAGCGGUGUUCAUACAGGUGGUGGUGGAAGGAAUACUCGGGGUCCCACAGCCAAUGUUGCCGUGAGACCCCUGCCUCAGCUUAGAAUAAAUUCUGAAGCUUGA